ACGAAACACAAAGCGUUCGGCAAUAUUUGCGCUUAAAAUUUGCUGCUGCUUCCCGCUAUUCUCCAUGUGUAACAAGUCAUUCUGACAGUCACUGAUGGCGGAGUCAACGGAACCUCUGUCUGUGAGCUCCGUUGAUGUGGAUUCCAACUUAAUGGUGCCUCAGGUGCUCAAAGCCAAGAUAAUGCUGUGGACAGAUGUGAGCUACAAGGACAUGGAAGAGCUGGAGAAGCUGCAGUCUAUCCCGGAUUUGGAAAGUGCCUUGUGUCGUUUGUUUGAAAUCAACAUUCCUGAGCCAAAGAGAGAGAUCCUCCUGGAGCUGUACGUCCAGACUGUGCAGUUCUGCCGGCAGCAUAACUUCAAAAAGGAGCAAACCUCUGCCAUGUUGUCUAUUGUCAAGCAUAUUCACAAGGCCAACACAGAGACUCCACUCAACAACAUUGAACAGUGUUUCGAGUACAGCCAGGAGCUUAUUCUCUGUCACUCUAUCAGGCGGCCCCCGUUCAGCAUCAACCUGUUCAGUUUAAAAGAGGCGACCAGUAUCUUAGAGUACAUCCACAGCAACUACAUUAGACACUACAAACUCUACAAACACAUUUUUACUCCAGAGGUUUCUCUAGAUCUGCGCCCAUCUUACUCUGGGAUUCCUAAGGAGGAGGAGGAGGAGGAAGCAGCUAUGGACAACAUAUGUUGCUGAUAUGAUGCCGAGGGACACAUGCACUGCAUGACAUUUGAACACGUCCUAAACAAAGUCCACUCAUUAUUAAAGUAUCUUAAGUGUAAUAACAGGUGAUUGUGAGGGUGUAUGCAAAUGCAAAUAUGUAUAUGCUUGGUUGAAAAAAACAACAAAAAAAACAAAACAGAAAUAAAUCUAUAAAUCUAUUAUUUGUAUUUUACUUUAUGCUUUCCUUUUCUCGAUUAUGUUGUUAUUCAGAAAAGUUAUUAAGAAAGACUGUGAGUCUCAGAUCAUCAUCAUAUGAAAUAGCUGGAGUGCAGAAGGGACGGAAAGCUUUAUCUUGACUUGUCAUACUGUGCUUCUGUCCACGGACAGGUCAUGGAUCACAUAUUGACUGAGCUAAAUGCAUUAUGAGGGGAGACCAAGUUGUUUAGAGGUAACCCAUAAACCCAAUGUCUUCCAAUAUCCGACAUCUAAUCUAAAUUAAUACUCAUGUUAAAUAUUCCAAAUGGACAGCAGAGGGCAGUAGCGCUACACAGUUCCUACAAGACACACAAGUGCCAAGAAGAAAAGGCCACGGCAUGGAAUGAAUGAGAGAACCUUCAAAAUGGAAAUCCAAAUGUUGUUACCAUACAGUAGUCACAUGACAGUUGAUUCAUAACAGUGAUUCAACUGUAUACUGCAUUUUAUAAAAAUCAAAACAACCAUUAUCUGCCUGUUUUAACCACAACUGGACGCCAUAUGGAUGCGUCAUCUGAAGCAGUUCAUUAAAAGAUAUUCAUUUGUAAAUAGACUUGAGUGAACAGUUUUAUUCAGUUCAAUGUCUUUAUUCACCAUGUUAAAUUCCACACCAUAACAUGAAUGUAUGUUAUUUAUGUUGAAUGUACUUGAUGAAGUUAAUUUAUGGUGCAAGUGGGGAAUAGUGGUUAUUUUUGUUCCAAUGUCUUCGCAGCAGUCGCAGCUGAUUUUCAAAAACAUGUGCAGGUUUAUAGUAACAUGGAGCUGCAGCAGUGUCCUACAACCACUGCAUACCUGAUAAUACAGUCAU